UAGAGGAGGAGGAUAAGGAGGGGAGGCAAUCUGGGAGAGAGAGAGGGGAAGAGAAGCGGCGUCUCCGAGGAUGACUUUAGGGACGGAUAUGUCCGACAGCUCUGCAUUGUCCGAGGAUGUGGACAUCGAUGUGGUCGGGGGUGACAUAUCCGUAGGAAAGGACGGAAAGUACACUGACCACGAGUUCAGCCUGGACAAUGACUCGGACGAUAAUUACUCCCAGAACGCGGCCGAGAGAGGUUCUUCUCCCGGGCUCAGCAGCUCCGACUGCCCGUCAGACCAGAUGGGCUCCGGCGCAGAGGUCGGGACCGCCGUCGGGGAGAAAUCCCGAAAGGGCGCCCUGGUGAAGCCCCCGUACUCCUACAUCGCCCUGAUCACCAUGUCCAUCCUGCAGAGCCCCAAGAAGCGGCUCACCCUCAGCGAGAUCUGCGAGUUCAUCAGCAACAGAUUCCCGUACUACCGGGAGAAGUUCCCCGCAUGGCAGAACUCAAUCCGGCACAACCUUUCCCUGAACGACUGCUUCGUGAAAAUCCCUCGGGAGCCCGGUAACCCAGGGAAGGGCAACUACUGGACCCUGGACCCGGACUCCGCGGACAUGUUCGACAACGGGAGCUUCUUGCGCCGGAGGAAGCGCUUCAAGAGGCACCAGGCUAACGAGAUCCUCCGGGAGGCUGGAGGCUUUCUGCCCGGGUUUGGAUACAGCCCGUACGGAUACAACUAUGGACUUCAGCUGCAGAACUUCCACGCUGCCCACAACCCGUACCACCCACACCACACAGGCGGUUCAUUCCCGUUCCCCAACGCCCCCUGCACCUUGCCCUCAUCGGCCUCCAUAUUCCCCGCACCGCAUCACCUUCCCUCCCUUCUGGGGGCCGAUUUGAGAAAGCCCUUUUACCCCCAGCUCAGCCCGUCUCUGCCGCCUCUCAAGACGGACUCCAGCACUCCGAGUCGGCCCUCGUUCUCCAUAGACAAUAUCAUCGGCGCGGCCAACUCCACCGGCUCUUCCUACGGCGUGCAGCCGGGCAGCCAGGCUCAGAUCCUGGCCAUAUUAACCCCAACGCUGGCCUCUGCUUCCAAUCAUUUGACUCUAUCGCAGGACAGCAUAUUACAGGCCGGGCCACAGGGUCAGACUUUUUCCAGCAAAACCCCAAAUAUGAACACUUGUCCUUUCUAAAGAAAAAAAAAAAAUUAAAAAAAAACAAAUGGCAAGAAUGAAAAUCUUUUAUUAUAAAGCCAAUUGUGGCUCCGUCCUGUACAUUCUUGUUGAAAAAAACCCCAGAAUGUACUGGCUCUCCCCAUUUCCAAUCAAUGUAAGAGGAGAGACAGGUUUAUUUAUGGUGUGUAAAUAUGUGUAUAAAUAUUGAGAGACAAAAAGCAAGAAGGGUCUUUUUAAAAACAGUGCUGACCUGCAAUCUGGCGUGUGGCCUCCAUUUGUCAGUGGGAGAGAAAAAAAAAAGAUCCUGUUAUUUUUUAACAUAAGUUAAAAGGUGUCACCCAUGGCUACGGGGAUGAUUUUUUUUUUU